CUUGUCUUGCCUUUUAGGAAGCUUCCCCUUAAAAACUUUAUACAACAUGAUCACUUUAACUCGAUUAUACCUCUUUUAUUAACUCAGCUUCACCAUCACGACGUGAAUACUCGUUUUGUGUCAGAUCUGUUCUGUUUCGCCUCAUAAAAACCUUCACAUUAUCUGUUUGAAGUAAAGCUUUCAACAUCAAAAAGAAUCAAACUUUAUCGUUGCCACCACCAAAAUGGCAAUGCCACCGGGAACUCUAACUCCAUCAGUCGGAUCCUGGAUCCCAGACGGGCGUGACGGGUUCAUCUCGUGGAUUCGUGGGGAGUUCGCUGCAGCCAACGCCAUCAUCGACUCGCUAUGCCAACAUCUAGCAGCUAUUGGGGAUCAAAACGAAUACGAGGGCGUGGUCUCAGCCAUUCAACAGCGUCAAGCAAGCUGGUCUCAAGUUCUUUAUAUGCAGCAGUUUUACUCUAUUGCAGAUAUCUCUCAGUCUCUACAUCAAGCUGCUUGGAAAAGGCAACAGGGAAGGUCUCAGCAGAGGCAUUACGGUUCUGAUCGGUUUGGAGGAAGGAGAUCAGGAUUUAACAAGGAUCGUCAUCAUGGUGGUUACAGAGGAGGAGGAGGAGGAGCUGAGUCUAUGGUGAGAAAGAACAGUGAGGCUAAGGUAGCAAGUGAUGAUGAUAAGGCAUUGACUGUUGCUGAUGUGAAGAUAGUGGAAGAAUCUGAGUCUGCUCAAGAGGAAAUAGUGAACCAUGAUUGUAACUCUGUUUCUAAAGAUAACAAUCUCAGUUCUGAGCAAAAGCAGGAAGAGAAAGAUAAAGAGUGUUGUGCAAGCAUGGCAAAGACUUUUGUUGUAGAAGAGAUGUAUGAAGCAAAGUUGGUUAAUGUUGUUGAAGGAUUGAAACUAUAUGAGAAAAUAGUUGACGUCAAUGAAGUUUCUCAACUUGUUUCACUUGCAAACAAUCUGAGAAACGCUGGAAGAAGAGGUCAACUCCAGAGUGAGGCAUAUGUGAAUUAUAAACGUCCAAAUAGAGGACAUGGACGCGAGAUGAUCCAACUCGGUCUCCCCAUUGCUGAUACCAUGCCUGAUGAUGAGAGUAUCAAAGAUAGAAGAAUAGAGCCAAUACCGUCAUUUCUUUCAGACAUCAUUGAACGUUUUGUCUCAAAGCAAAUCAUACCUGUGAAACCAGACGCAUGCAUCAUUGAUUUCUUCAACGAGGAGACUACAAGGGAUCUCUCAAGCUAUCUCUCACUCCAGGAUCUCUUCUUCUGGUGGAAGGCAAAUCUGCAGAUCUUGCCAAGUUUGCCAUUCACUCAGUCAGAAAGCAAAGGAUUCUCAUCACUUUCACCAAAUCUCAGCCAAGCGGUUCUAACUGGAGUCCACCGCCUAGCAGAUCGCCACCUAAUCACCACAACCGUCACCUAACCUCCCCACCAAACAACGGAGCUGGUCAGCCGAUAUUCAAAGCACAUUCUCCUCCCCUUGCCUCUCCAAUGCCGUUCCCAGGUGGCGUGGCAAAGAGCUGGCCACUGCCACCACAGUCAAGAGUCCCCAUCCCUGGCACUGGUGUAUUCCUCCCACCAGGCUCAGCACAAGAACAGGUUGUACUAGUCUCCACAGAGAAAUACAACAACAGAAAUGGAAGCAACUCUGUAGAAGGAAAGGUUGAAAUGAAGACUAAAGAAGAAGCUUGUAACAGAUCAGUUGCAGCUGCCAAGGAAGGUGAUGACGGUAAACAGAUCAACUAGCUGAAGAAGAGAAAGUUAUAGAGAGCAGUUCUUUAAAAACUUUAAAAAGAGCAGCGAGUUCUUAUUGAACGUUAUCUAUUUUUUGCAACUUCAGAGCUAGUUUAUUAGGAGAGACGAACAAGGAAAAUGAACAAAGUUACACGUUUUGACGUUUUCUUGUCUUAAAAAAAACAUUUAGUUAUCAAAAUCACAAUCAAAUGUAAGAGAUCCUGGUCUUGUGGACUAUACUUGUCAAUACUCAUCUACAACAUAAAGUUGUAUUCAUGGCCAUUCCUAUAACCACAUAUUAUGUCUAUCCUUCUCAUCUAAAGUAAUCAUAUGUUUGGGCUUGUUGUUGGCAUAGUCCAGUUCCUAUAGUAGUUUGGUA